UCCUUCUCUAUCACCAAACGUUAAGGUUAGAUCAUUACUAAACUAUUGGUUGGAAUAAUUGGAAUUUUCUUGUAAUAAAUGGUGCAUAUAUUAAAUCGACGAACCUUUAGUUAUAAACAAAGAGGACGAAGACGACGUGGAUUAAUCGGAAAAAGGAAGAACUACGAAUAAUAAGAAGAUGAGGUUAAAAAUGGGUUACUAGUUACUCUGACAUCAAUUCAGUCUUUGAGAAGAAGGGGAAGAAGAUCGAUCUCAUCUUAAACAUAAGAAAUAAGAAAGGAUAAGUGUGCUGAGCCUUUGUUCUGGAUUCCCAGGACGAAGUUGUCCGUCCUCGUCCUUAAACAAAAUGUCGAUUAUAAUGCAAUACGUGGACCGGUUCCACGAGAUCUUGGACAAACACGCAGACACACGAACGACAAAUUGGCUGUUGAUGAAAUCACCAUUUCCCACGUUGUUCAUAUGUCUCACAUACGUUUACAUCGUGAAAGUUUUGGGACCAAAACUUAUGGAAAAUCGAAAACCAUUUCAAUUGACGAACGUUUUAAUAUUUUAUAAUUUAUUUCAAGUUAUCUUCUCAGCGUGGUUAUUCCAUGAGUGUCUGAUGGGUGGAUGGUGGGGCCACUAUAGUUUCCGUUGUCAACCAGUGGACUAUUCGAACAGCCCAACUGCAGUUAAGAUAGGAAUGUCCGGAUGGCUGACUGGAGAAUAUUCUCUAACGUGUCAACCAGUAGACUACAGUGAACGACCUCAAGUACUAAGGAUGGUGCACGCCAGUUGGUGGUAUUACUUUUCUAAAUUUACGGAGUUUAUGGACACGAUCUUUUUUGUAUUAAGAAAGAAGAACAACCAUGUGUCAACUCUUCACGUUAUUCAUCACGGUUGUAUGCCAAUGUCCGUAUGGUUUGGCGUUAAAUUUACUCCUGGUGGUCAUUCAACAUUCUUUGGAUUAUUAAACACAUUCGUACAUAUAAUAAUGUACACAUAUUACUUGUUAGCCGCAUUAGGACCAAAAAUUCAACCAUACCUCUGGUGGAAAAAAUACCUAACGGCAUUCCAAAUGAUUCAAUUCAUAGCAAUAAUGAUACACGCUUUCCAAUUGCUCUUCAUCGAUUGCGAUUAUCCAAAAGCUUUCGUAUGGUGGAUCGGUAUGCAUGCAGUUAUGUUCCUCUUCCUCUUCAAAGAAUUUUAUCAACAAAAUUAUCAACAAAGAAAAUCAGCUAAAAAAUUAACAACAAAAACAACAACAACAACACCAUCAACAGCAUCAACAACAACGACAACGAGAAGUAAUGGAAGUAUUGCUAAUGGAAAAACCAAUGGUGUUAUCACGAAUGGUAAUACUGAGAGCAAUGGAACGAUAAGAAGGGAUGCUGCAGAUUAUUAUGUUAAGGGAGAAAGUUUAGCAGCUAGGGAAUUUAAUUUUAGAAAAGGUUACGUAUUUAACGAGUGACCCAUGCAAAAAUAUCAUCGUUCUUUUCAACGUUGUUAUUUCUUCUAUUAUUAUUAUUAUUAUUAUUAUUAUUAUUAUUAUUAUUAUUA